AUGCGGGUGGAAGUGAAAUGCCAGACGUACGACACAUUCAGACAGCGCCCGAUCGUGUCUAUGGAGGAGUAUGAGGUAGCCUGCACUGAAAGGUUUGCUGCAGACAACAUCCAGUAUGAGAGAGUUAUCACCUACCUGCACACUGGAAAACAUAUUGCUGGUCUUACAAAUGCUGAACGAUUAAAAAUAUGGAGGCAGUCAACUAUAUUCCAGUGGGACUCAACACGAAGGGAUUUCUGUGAUUUACAAUUGAGUCUAGAUACCAGGGACCUGAGUUUGUUCACUGGAUCUAUUGAUUGUGAGCCAGACAGCCUUAGCCUUCCAGAUGAAACUGCUGCUGCUUCAGAAGAUCUUGCUGACCUUCCCAGUGAUGAGGAAAUUUCAAGCUAUGAACAGGAUCAAAACAGUGAGCGUGAAGACUUGCCCAACCAGAGUAGCAAGAAUGUUGCAGCAGCACAAGAAAAGCAGGAGGUUCAGUUCAAAAACAGUGACCUGCUGAAUGACCCCCCUGAUGUGCAACUCUCCACCAACCCAACACCUCCCAGCAGCCCCACAUGCCCAAUCAUGUCUAUGGAGGAGUAUGAGGUAGCCUGCACUGAAAGGUUUGCUGCAGACAACAUCCAGUAUGAGAGAGUUAUCACCUACCUGCACACUGGAAAACAUAUUGCUGGUCUUACAAAUGCUGAACGAUUAAAAAUAUGGAGGCAGUCAACUAUAUUCCAGUGGGACUCAACACAGGAAGUCUUGUACUACACCCGACGUAAAGAUGGCAUAAGGAGGCAGGUAGUCAGAAGUCCUGAUGAACGUAACCGUGUCCUUCAUUUGUAUCACGGCAAUCCCACAGGAGGAGGACACAGUGGUUGGAAUGCCACUUAUGAAAAAGUGUCCAAGAAUUAUUUCUGGAGGAAAAUGCAAGAUGACGUCAAGCAUUAUGUUGCAACAUGUAACAAGUGCCAACGUUAUACUCCCCUUAAGACCCAGGCCCAUACAAUGACGCCCAUAAAGGUGAAGGAGCCAUGGAGUAGACAUGAUAGAUGGGGCCCACCUGGAAGGAUACUGACAGACCAGGGACCUGAGUUUUGUUCACUGGAUCUAUUGGAUUGUGAGCCAGACAGACUUAGCCUUCCAGAUGAAACUGCUGCUGCUUCAGAAGAUCUUGCUGACCUUCCCAGUGAUGAGGAAAUUUCAAGCUAUGAACAGGAUCAAAACAGUGAGCGUGAAGACUUGCCCAACCAG